GGCCCCCGCUGCCACUUAAAGGCUCCGGGAGCCGCAGCCGUCGGGUCGCCGCGGCUUUCGCUUUGCUGCCGCGGCUGGGAGGGCGGGAGCGACGGAUUCGGCAGCCAGCUCUCCUUGAGUCCCGGCUCCGGCAGCGCCGCGGGGCGCUCCUUGUCCAGCACCCCCGGCUCGAGGAUUCCCUUCCGAGGCGCCCGCGUCCCCGGGCUCCCCGCCUCGGCCACCCCGCGGCCCCGAUGCCGAGGCAUGGAUAGAGCGGCGCUGCGUGCGGCGGCGAUGGGGGAGAAGAAGGAGGGCGGCGGCGGGGGGGACGCGGCGGCCGCGGAUGGGGGCGCCGGGGCCGCGGCCAGCCGGGCGCUGCAGCAGUGCGGCCAGCUCCAGAAGCUCAUCGACAUCUCCAUCGGCAGCCUGCGCGGGCUGCGCACCAAGUGCUCGGUGUCCAACGACCUCACCCAGCAGGAGAUCCGGACCCUGGAGGCGAAGCUGGUCCGGUACAUUUGCAAGCAGCGGCAGUGCAAGCUGAGCGUGGCUCCUGGUGAGAGGACCUCGGAGCUCAACAGCUACCCUCGCUUCAGUGACUGGCUUUAUACCUUCAACGUGAGGCCGGAGGUGGUGCAGGAGAUCCUCGGCGAGCUCACGCUGGACGCCCUGCUGGACAUGAAUGAGGCCAAGGUGAAGGAGGCGCUGCGGCGCUGCGGGGCCAGCGCCAAGGACUGCGGCCGCCUGCAGUACGGCCUCGCCUGCCUGCGCAAGGGAGGGGAACACAAAGAGGACUCGGGCUGGAGUUCAUCAGAUGCCCGGCGGGAAAGUGGCUCAGGGCCUUCCGCGGACACCCUCUCGCCAGCCAGCCUGCCCUGGCCCCCGGGAAGUGCCCAGCUGGGCAGAAUGGGCACCAGUGCCCAGGGCCCGCGCUCCGUCUCCGUUUCAGCUCUGCCCACCUCGGACUCCCCAACCCCUGGCCCUAGCGAGGGCCUUUCGGACACCUGUAUCCCCCUGCACACCAGCGGCCGGCUGACUCCCCGUGCCCUGCAUAGCUUCAUCACCCCCCCGACCACGCCCCAGCUUCGCCGGCACACCAAGCUGAAGCCGCCGAGGACGCCGCCCCCACCCAGCCGGAAGGUCUUCCAGCUGCUGCCCAGCUUCCCCACACUCACCCGGAGCAAGUCCCAUGAGUCUCAGCUGGGGAACCGCAUUGACGAGGUCUCCCCGAUGAGGUUUGAUCUCCCACAUGGAUCGCCACAGAUGGUACGAAGGGACAUUGGGCUGCCGGUGACGCACAGGUUCUCCACCAAGUCCUGGCUGUCGCAGGUCUGCCACGUGUGCCAGAAAAGCAUGAUGUUUGGAGUGAAGUGCAAGCAUUGCAGGUUGAAGUGUCACAACAAGUGUACGAAAGAAGCCCCCGCCUGUCGGAUUUCCUUCCUGCCACUCCCCAGGCUUCGGAGGACAGAAUCUGUCCCCUCGGACAUCAACAACCCGGUGGACAGAGCCGCCGAACCCCAUUUUGGAACCCUCCCCAAAGCACUGACAAAGAAGGAGCACCCUCCGGCCAUGAACCACCUGGACUCCAGCAGCAACCCUUCCUCCACCACGUCCUCCACGCCCUCUUCGCCGGCGCCCUUCCCGACAUCGUCCAACCCAUCCAGUGCCACCACGCCCCCCAACCCCUCACCCGGCCAGCGGGACAGCAGGUUCAACUUCCCAGCUGCCUACUUCAUUCAUCAUAGACAGCAGUUUAUCUUCCCAGACAUUUCAGCAUCUCCACAGGCAGCCCCGUCCCCUGACGCAGUGGACAGCACCCGGCUCGACGACCAGCCAAAAGCAGACGUGUUGGAGGAUCAUGAAGUGGAGGCUGAGGAGCCGGAGGCCGGCAAGUCAGAGGCAGAAGAUGACGAGGAUGAGCUGGACGACUUGCCAAGUUCUCGCCGGCCCUGGCGGGGCCCCAUCUCUCGUAAGGCCAGCCAGACCAGCGUGUACCUGCAGGAGUGGGACAUCCCCUUCGAGCAGGUGGAGCUGGGCGAGCCCAUUGGGCAGGGUCGCUGGGGCCGGGUACACCGUGGCCGCUGGCAUGGCGAGGUGGCCAUCCGCCUGCUGGAGAUGGAUGGCCACAACCAGGACCACCUGAAGCUGUUUAAGAAAGAGGUGAUGAACUACCGGCAGACGCGGCAUGAGAACGUGGUGCUCUUCAUGGGGGCCUGCAUGAACCCGCCCCACUUGGCCAUCAUCACCAGCUUCUGCAAGGGGCGGACGUUGUACUCGUUUGUGAGGGACCCCAAGACGUCUCUGGACAUCAACAAGACGAGGCAGAUCGCUCAGGAGAUCAUCAAGGGCAUGGGGUAUCUACAUGCCAAGGGCAUCGUGCACAAAGAUCUCAAGUCAAAGAACGUCUUCUACGACAAUGGCAAAGUGGUCAUCACAGACUUCGGGCUGUUCGGGAUCUCGGGCGUGGUCCGAGAAGGACGGCGUGAGAACCAGCUGAAGCUGUCACAUGACUGGUUGUGCUACCUGGCCCCUGAGAUCGUGCGCGAGAUGACGCCCGGGAAAGACGAGGAUCAGCUGCCAUUUUCCAAAGCUGCUGACGUCUAUGCAUUUGGGACUGUUUGGUAUGAGCUGCAAGCAAGAGACUGGCCCUUUAAGAACCAAGCGGCAGAGGCCUUGAUCUGGCAGAUUGGCAGUGGAGAGGGAAUGAAGCGUGUCCUGGCCUCCGUCAGCCUGGGGAAGGAAGUCACCGAGAUCCUGUCUGCCUGCUGGGCUUUCGACCUGCAGGAGAGGCCCAGCUUCACCCAGCUGAUGGACAUGCUGGAGAGACUGCCCAAGCUCAACCGGCGGCUCUCCCACCCUGGACACUUCUGGAAAUCUGCUGAGCGCUGGCGGAGCCGCUGCUACGGGAAAGGACGUUACGGUCACCUUGACUUUAAGAACUAUCCAGUUCUGGAGGAAUACAUUAACAGCAGCAAAGUUGUACCCCGGUUUGAAAGGUUUGGCUUGGGCGUCCUGGAGGCCAGUAAUCCAAAGAUGUAGCCAGAUGGUGCAGUUUUUCUGCCGAUGUCUUUCUUAAAUGCGUUUCUAAAACAUCCAGAAACCACCACCACAACAAAAAAAACAACAUUCUUCGAAACGUCAGCCAUCCUUCUAAGUGCUGCAGACCAGGAGCACUGGGUCCUUCAUUCAGACUAUUUGUCCACGGAAACACUCGGGUCCCGGAGAUGGAGCUGCACCUGCUGUUUCUUAAAGUGACAUCACCAACAACCAGACCUGUCCUGACAGGCAGCGAAUGUUUACAUGUGUAUUUCUGCGGAGUGAGCUCGAUGUUUUACAAUAGGUAAUAAGAACGUUCUGUGCCGAGGUGCGCUGGCACCGUCGGCCAGGGUGGCAGAAGUGGCUGUCCCUUCUGGAAGACCCUGUAGGCAGUGAGGAGCUCAUGCUGGGCCAGAAGGAAGAAAAGCAUCCUGAUUGUGGCUGCUCUCGGGGAGGAUGGGAGGACUACAAGGUUUGACCCGGCCUCUGCUUUGGCCCCAAACCCUGUUAGUAGGGAAUCUCCCUCUGUAGGGUGCGCCCCUUGUCCUAUCAAGGGACACUGUACUUUCCUCCUCUUGACAAGGAAACCCUGGCUAGGAACAGAGCUGGAUUAUGAGCAUCGGGAGUUCCCUCUUGGGUUCUUUGGGAACCCAGGCUCCCAGAGAGCUUGGUUUCACCUCUGACCCCUGCAGUCCAGCCCAUACCUGCUGCAAAAGUAGAUGCCAAUAAAAUCCAAAUAACAUCUGUACCGAUCCAGUGGUUCCUAGCCAGGGUUCCCACUGCCUGGAGAGAUGUUUCCUGCAUGAAGCCCCCAGGAAGGCACCAAGGGCGUGGGACUCGGGGCCUUGGCUUUUUAGACACAUCCCAGUCCCUGACUGACAUUUUACAGCAACUGUGUGUACCGUGAAUGCUUGAUUGGUGAGAACAAGGAAGGCAUGAGGAGGGAGAAGUAGCAGGCAGCGAGUCCCUGCGCCCACCUUCCCAGCCACAGGGUGACCUGGCCCUCGAGGUCCCCAUCCUCAGUCAUGCCAAGGUUUUGGAACUGCCCACCUCUUCCACUCCCCCAGUCCUAUUGGAACCCCUUAGCCCACUCUGCCACUAUCCGUGUUCCGUGCCCUUAGCUAAGAUGGGAGGCAUGGGUCCCCCACCCCAUUUGUUUAGAUGCACCUAGCCAGCCCACCAAUCUUCAGAGCCUUCCCAAGCACCAAGUUAGGCCUUCUACUUGUGUACGUUUGCACCAGGAGGGGCUAGACCAGGAAAGUCCAUGAUGAGAGCAUGUCAUGUCCUGCCUGUCUUCAGUAGAAGCUGUUGCCUAAAGAGAAAAGUUCCAAAUGGCAAAGCAGCCCUUUGGUGGAUGUUGUCAUUAUUAGGCUGCAAACCCAGAAGUGAUAAAGGGUGAUGAGAAUGGAGAUAUGGGUUGGGUUCAGACCCAGAACCUCUGUCUAUUCUCUGAGCUAAGAUGGGAAAGCAUGUGGCCCUCCCACCCCUUUCAGUUCACUCCACCUAGCAAAGCCCCCAGUCUUCAGAGCCUUCCCUGGAGUCUGGCCAAAGCUCCUCUGCCUAGAAGCUGUGGGACCGCCUUCCCGUCUCCAGGCCAGGGACCCCUUGGCCAACUCCUGCUUGGAGAGAGAGAGCUUUGAGCAGCCAGCGCAAGGUACCCAGGCCUCCUGCUGCCCGUCGGCACCUUAACCCUUUGCAGUCAGGCUGUGGGGGGAAGACAGGAGCUGUACACCAGCUGGAUCUUUUCUCCUCUGCGGGACUGAUUGGCUCCAUCAUCCCUUUGGUCUCCCUCUGAGUCCUCUAUGGGAUCUCUCCGACCCAAAGCCACAUGGUGUGUGACCUCUGCCUCUGGCUAAGUCAGGCUCCUGCCCAGAUGCCCGUGCCUUCCCAGAGGUCACAGCUUGUGCAUGUUGGGGCCCCUCACCUCUCCCCUCUGAACCCAUGGACAUGCCGAUGAGCCCAGGGGUUACACGGCAGCCGAGCAAGUCGGGCUCAACCCCUCCCUGGCCCCAACUCACAGCCAAAGGAAAGUCAUCUGGGUUUUGUUUUUCUUAUGUCACGCACUGGUCAGUUCAAGCAGCUUUCGUCGAAUACCGGCAUGUCUUGUGCAAGUGCUGGGGGCCUGGCAAUGGGAGCAGUCACGGUCCCCACUCUUAAGAAGCUGAUGUUCUAACGGAGGAGACUUGAUGUCUGCCAGGAACCCCGAGGGUGGAGCUGAAGGACUGGGGGACACCAUCCUUUCUCUCCAGGCCCUGGUAGCCUCCUGACUCUUGCCCUGAGCCUCGGUACUGCCUGUCACAUAAGGGAAACGCCUGAGGAAAGUCCCCCACAUGGUCCUCUUCUCCUUCCCUCUGUCUGAGUGACUGUGAAUUGAGGUUAGGACCUGCUUGCCCUUCCUUCCGUGUGCUCUCCCCGUCUGCCCUGGAAACACAUGAAGGACGGCAGAUACUGUGAAUUCAGCCCUCACAGCCCACUGUGAAGGGGAUGGAGAAGCUGGGAGGGCCCCUGGUGAGAGAUCUGGGGGCUGUGGAGGUCCCCACUGGGGCCUGAGAGUGGACCCAAGCCUUGGCCCUUCAGGGCCCCCCAGUUCCCAGCCUCACCUCCAAAGCUCUAGGGUCUGUGUCGCUGCUGCCUGUAGCCCACUGAUCCACAGCCCCCUGGUCUCCAUCCAACUCAAGGUCUCCAGUCCUAGCGAGUUCCCGGUUAGUUGUGAGCAAUGUUUUGCAAAGUUGACCUCUCCGUGUCACCAAACGAAAGAUGUGUGUGGGACCCUGCAAUCCCUCUGCCCUCCCAUGGCAUUUCUUGUGAUGACAGAGGGGAGGGGCGCACCCCGUAUGCCUGUGCUGGUGGUCUGUAUUGAUUUGGGGGGCGGGUGGAGACGUAAAUGUGAAGCCGAUUAGGGAGCUAGUGCGAUGCUGCAUCGUUAGCCAGGACUUCAUCAGUGUGUGCAAACCCAGCGUCUUCUGUGGCCACGAGACACACACUUGCUUUUUUGAAUGUGAUGUAAAAUUUGUACAGUAAAAGUUUUUAUAUUUUCUAUCAACUGCAUUCGUCUUCCAGAAAUGCUAUUAAUUUAAAUUAAAAUGGUUAGUAUUAACGAA